AUGAAGUUCUUGCCAAGAAAGUUUAGAGAAAGUCAAGGUGAUUGGUUUGCGAAGCGGGGUAUGUCUUGGCACAUUACUGUAGCUACUCGACGAGUGGAAAACCAUGAAUUGGAGAUGAUAACAUUUGUGCAUGUUUACCAAACCUGCAACCAAGAUGGCUGUGCGGUGCUUUCCGUUAUGAAGGAUGUUAUUGAAAAGCUAAAGUUGCAGCUGUCUCAUCUGAAAACUGUCUUCUACAGACAGGACAAUGCCGGCUGUUACCACUGCGGGGCUACGAUAGUGGGGGCCAGCUUUACAGGCUGUGCUAGUAGAGUGACUGUGAAAUACUUGGACUUUUCAGACGCACAGGGUGGUCAGGGCCCAUGUGAUAGAAAGGCGGCUUCAAUUAAGUCACAGAUGAAAAUCCACCUUAAUCAAGGGUCUAACAUCGACACUGCCAAGGAAAUGGUAGAUGCUAUCCAGUCAUCGGGAGGUGUUCCUGCAGUUGAUGUUUCAUUAUGCAACUCAGCGCAAGACCCAGCACCGUCCUUGAAUGUAAAGAUUGCAGGAGUGAGUUUGAUUUCCAAUAUUGUAUUCAACAACGGAAGCCUGCCUGUCUGGAGAGCGUAUGAAAUAGGGCCUGGUAAGUGCAUACGCCUCAAGGACAUCGGUAUUCCACAGUUGGUGCAGAUUCCAAGUCUCGUGAAAUGUGAUGAGGGUACAGCCACAACAAUGCCGAAUGCACACUUUAUGAAAGUUAAAUCCAGGCGUCAACCUUGCUCAGAUAAUUCCCAGCAAUGCUCAGAUACCAAAGAAGAGACUGUGACUGAGACUUCACCCACUGUUCAUAUAUUUUCCUGUCCCGAGGAAGGAUGCAUGAAAGUUUAUCAAAGAUUUUCUUCUUUACAGCACCAUCUGGACCUUGGAAAAAACGAAUGUGCUUUGGAGCAUGAAACACUCCUUGACAGAGCAGCGCUUGGUUACGCAGAGAGGCUACAAGGUCACUCUGGUAGUGUACCACAGAUUGAGCAAGUGAGAAAGCAGCUAAACCUCUCGAAUCAGCCUUUUUUACCUAUGGGUUGGGCCCUUAAGUCUAGUCACGUAAAGCGGACACGAUUCACACAGAAGCAGAGAGACUACUUAUCCAGUAAAUUUCGUAUUGGUGAGUCAACCGGCCAGAAAGCAGAUGCAGCCUUGGUAUCCAAGUCAAUGAUAACUGCUGGAGACAGUAAUGGAAACCGCCUUUUUAGCAGUUCUGAAUUUCUGACGAGUCAGCAAGUUUCAAGUUUCUUUUCAAGACUGUCCUCAAAGCCCAAACUUGAAGAUGACGAAAUGGUGGAAAGCGACUUUGAAGAAAACCAGAACGUUGAAAAUGAGAAAGCCUUUGACGGGUUGAGAAGUGAAGUUCUUCAAGAGGUUGCCCUUACUAAUCCAAUAUGCUAUGACAGGUAUAACAUCUGCGAACUAACUGCAAAUUCAAAGCUAUCAAUCUUUGCGAUUCAAAUGCUUAAGUAUAUCUUUUGA